UAAGAAAAUGUGCGUAAUAUUUCUCUUUAGAAAAUAAAGGAUAGCUUUUAUAACAAAAUAAUAAAUGCAUUUAAAUAAAAUAAUAGAUAAGGUUUUGAAUGACAUGUGCAGCAUUUAUAAUGAAAAAUACUGUGAAAAUGCUUGUGUGAUUAUUAAUAUUCUGAAGAGAAAAUAGCAACCGCUAAAUCCUCUAGCAAAAUUAACAAGUUGUUCUUUAAAGAUAACAAAAGUAGUUUAGAAAUAAAGUGUAAUUGUAAGAUAAUAAAUUAAUAAAGUGUUAAAAUGGACACUCCAAAGUUACAACCAAUAACAAAUAAAAUAAAGCAUAACAACAGCAAUACAAAUAAUAAUCCACAUGCGAGCGAAGGUUCAGCCGGCAACAAUUAUGGAGGCAAUGCGCGUUUCAACAACAACGGCGGUGGCGGUGGAAACGGACCAAGUGUAAAUGAAGGACCAAAUCAGGCCUAUGGCUCUGGCGAUCGUCGAUUUAACUAUUGUGGUCCUCCACAUAGAGAAUUUAUACCCGGACCACGAAAUAAGUAUCAAAACCGCGCGGACACAUUUCACUAUUACGGAAAUCAAUGGAACCAAAAUAGGUUUAAUAACGGACCCAAUAAUAGGAAUAGCAGCAACAAUUGGGCAAACGAAUAUAAUGAUUGGUCAAAUGAUUAUAAUGAUUGGUCAAACGAAUACAAUUGCAAUAGCUUCAAUCCCAACCCAAAUUUCUGGCAAAAUGAACCAGCAAGACGAAGAGAUAAUUCAUGUUCGCCAUAUUUUAACGAGCUAGAGCGAAGACCUUUUAAUACCCCCAAAAAAGAUAAUAAACCAACAACAGCAAGGAUUGAUAAAAAAGCGGAAUCUAGAGAAAACAAAACUUCCCUUGAAUCACCAAAAUGCACAAAUUCAACAGAUGUUUCUGCAGUGCCGAACAAAGAAAAAUCGGGUAAUUCAAAGCAAACAGAAAAUAUUAAUUCGACUUAUAAAGCCAAAACCGCUGUAGUGAGAUCAUCUCCGAGAAAAAAACCGCUGAAAGCAAAUCCAGUGAAAUCUAAAGAAAAAGCGGGAAAUAAGAUCAAAGUAACACCAAAACGUGCCUAUAAAAAGAUCUUGCCUAAGGGUGUUUCUGAAAAUGCUAAUGACAAAACAAAUAAAAACUGUGACUUAAACGAAGAUAAAAAUGGAAAAAUAGAAACAGAAAAGUCUGAUAAAGAUAGUAAUAAAAGUGUUGCUAAAAGUAAGGAACAAAAUUUGACAUCUCAAAAAUUCAUUAAGUUUAAAGAAAACAAAGCUUCAUGGAGCUUUAAAAAAAGUACAGAACAAAAUAAGUCGAGAGAAAAUUCCUCAAAGCAAAUACAUACGUGUAAGCAGCUAGAACGGGUUAACUCUACGAGUAUAACUCCAGAAGUCUGCCCGGAAUUAAGAGACAAUAAUAGAGCAACAGAAAGUUUUCAAACGAACAGCAAUAAAGAAUCAGAAAAGAGUGUUACUACAGCUCAAAAACCUACGAACACUUCAGACAUUUCCAAAGAGAAAAACAAUGAUUUAAAAACCAACAUAACAAAAGAAUCUAGAAACCUUACAACAGACGUCGAGAAUAGUUCAGAUAAUAAUUUGCAAGCCAAUAAAUCUUUAAGUGAUAUUAAUUUAAGCAGUAUCACAAACGCAAAACCAAUUGAGAUAGAAGAUAAGACUGAUCAAUCAGACGAAAAUCAGGGGAUAGAAACAACCUUAGCCGCAAAAACAGCUCCCGAGCACAAAAAUACAUAUUUAAAUGCUGAUGUCCAUUCUAUAGUUAUAGAAAGUGAUAAUGAGGACUUAACAGAGACAGUCACUAUAGUUAUUCCAAGCGUAGACACCGAUCUAAAUAUCCUAGAUAUAUCCGAGCACCGGGAAGCAGUGAACGAAGAAAUUGCUAGCCUUCAGUGCAGAGUUUCGCCUGUAAAAAUCUCAAAUGACAAACCUAAAAUCUCUAUAAUACCACUUUCACGUCUUGUACGCAACGAGCUCAUUGAAUUAGCAGAUGACUCAAGUGUUACAGAAAUCGAGGACGCACCUACAAUCACUUUACCAACGGUUACGCCGAGCAAACGAAUCUGUCGACCCAAUCUUGUAAAGAGACGUCGAAAAAUCUCGACUUGUAGCAAUUCUAGUGGCACUACGGAAAAUCUUAUUGAGAAAGUUGCCGGCAUGGACAAGUUUGGCAUUCAGCAGGUGAUUAAUAACAGUGGUACACGCUUUGAUGAGGCUUUAAAAGCACAGGCGCGCAAACGUUUGCGUGAAGAGAUUCGUAAACAGUUAAAAUCUAUGAGUUUAGAAACUGCAAAAAAUGCCGAAGAUGUCAACUUCGUGCCCGACGACAUUGUGGACGCGAUAUGUAUCCCCGAUGUUGUUUUAGAAGAAAUUCGAAAAGCGUUUGGUGUGGAAAUCUUUUGUAAUAAGAAUGCGGCCACAGCUGAAAUGUUCCAAAAUACAGCGUUGAGCAUGAUAACACCCAAUAUGCAAGAAAAAACAGAUUACGUAAACGUAAUACCAAACGAAAAGAACGCGGAGGCAACUGGUGUACCGCCACCACUGCAAGAAAGUCUCGUGGAGACUUCCUCGACUACCGUGCUGACAACGCCAAACAGCAUUGAUAAUAAUACAGAGACAGUUUCAGAAAAUAAGCCGGCGAAGGAAAAUCCAAGUGCAGUAGUAGAACUCGAGAAAGUAGGAGAACCUCCCACAGAACAGGUCAAUCCUACAGCAGUAGAAACAGAUAAAGCCUCUGCUGUAAAGAAAGCGAAAAAAGCAGAUAAAAUACGGGUAAAGAGACGAAAGAAGUCAUCAGGGCAAAAAAGUAGUCGUAAGAAACCCAACAGAGAUGUAAUACUAAUAGAAUCGUCAUCGUCUUCGAGUAGUUCAUCAUCAUCUAGCUCGAGCAGCAGUUCUGAUACUGAAUCGGAGUCUUCAGCUAAAAGUGCUUCGUCUUCAGUGAAACGCCGUCGUUUGAAGCUGCGUGUAGAUGCACAAAACAUCGUUGAAAGCUUUGAGAAGCUAAUACUGCCCAGUCUGAGUGAAAAUUUAAAAUGUCGUUAUCACAACAAAUUCUCAAAUUCCACCUAUACGCGCCUACAUUUCAUCGCGUGUAUCUGCACCAGCGAAUACAAUACAAAAAAGUUUACAAAACCAGAAAUCGCAAAAAUUCAAGCAAAUCUUAAAUCGGAGGAUCGUUCCGUUGCAUUGGAGUUUUUGAUGCGCGAAAUUGUCAAUGUAUUCAACAAGCAAAAGGAGGCGGCGAAGAAGGAACGUGGCAGCAAUCGUGCAAGGAAGAGUACUGAAGGCGAUAACACACAACAAUCGAAUGAAGGACAAUCAGGAGAGGCAACGACCGUACCACAAGAUACCCAACAGAAUGGCGAUGAUGCAGUAGGCGCUUGCGACGCAAACAACUCUGCUAAUAGGAUUGCCUCACAUGACGCAAAUGCCAACAGCAGCAGCAGCAGCAGCACCAGUAGCAGCAAUAAGAAAUGUGUCGAUGCAGCAGAAAAAGUUAAUGCUAAAAAGAAUUGCGCGCAAUCAAGGCCAACGUCUACGGGUACACCAACACCAACACCAACUCCAACAAAACACCAACAUCAAAGUGUGAAUGGGCAAACAUUAAUGAGCAAAAAAGCUGCAGAUGGCGGUGGAGGUGGAGGUGAAGAUAGAGCUAAAAGUGCUGACAUUACAGAAAGAGCAAAUGAUGUGGUUGAUGAAAGGCAUAAAACAGGCGUCGACGCAACCUCUGAAGCGGUUAAUAAUUCAGAUGAAAUCAACAACCUCACUAAUCAAGUGGAUUCUAAUGGGAUAAUGCCAACAAGUGUUGCUACACACCAGCUCUCUGCUAACGAAACUUCUAACGAAGAUAAUGAAACUUCAUUUGAGCAAGGGCGCAGUACUGCUUUCGAAAACACUAACGCGACCACGCAAACAUUUCUAAAUGAUUCGAGUAAUAGCAUCAAUUUGCUGUCCCCCACUAGCUGUCGCUUAACUUCAAGAGAUUCCAUAUUCGAAAGAAAAUUUUGUAUCGGCGGUGCAUCAAAUCCGUUAGUUGGAUUUGAAAAUAACACCAACGGCUUUUGUGGUAUCUCAAACAUGUCGUCUUUGAUGUCAAGCACGCUUUUCCCCCAUGUCGAUCUGGAAGCUUUGCGACAAAGAAACAUUCUAGGUGAAUUUGUUGUGAACAAUCUGCGGGAGUUCGAUGUGAAAUUGAUGGAAUUACACAAACGAAAAAUGUUCAUCGAAGAGAUGAUUCUCAAAUUGCAAAAGGAUAAAAUGGAAGUGGAUAUGCACACUAUGCAUUUACAAAAUGAGAAAUUCAUGUUGCUAAAUACCGCUAUGACUGCGGCAGCUAGUGAUUUGCCUAAACGAGAUGCUGCAGCCUCUACAAGAACGUCUUCAGUAUCUCCCAACGCUCUAACACAGACUCUCACACCGACACAAGUGCAAACACCAACAUCAAACGGUCCAUCACCGAACACAAUCGUUCGUGGAAUACAAACUGGAUCACCUGUUGGUGGAAAGCGUAACGCUAUCAGCGAUACUGUGCCAAUUAUUAAACGUAAACGUAAACGCGGUGGAGUUCGUUUUCAAGCACGUAAGGCAAAUCUGAUGAAUUUGCAGCUGCAGUCAAGUAAUAUUGUCGCAACACAAAGUAUUAAUAUUUCUUCUAACAAAAAUUCAUCAAGAGCAACUGAUACUGCUGCACGAGAAUACACCCCUCCAAGCACUGUGAUAUCAGAUAUGGAGCAAGCCUGUAGUGAUGUAGAACAUCCGUUCGAUUGUGCGAAUCUGCCUAUCACUUGUAUAAAUGUAAAAAGUAUUCUAACCCAGAUACAUCUCUAUGAGCAUUGGUUAGUCGCGACCGGAGAGGAUGGCCGCCUCUAUCAAUUUAAUGCCAGAACUCUUAAGUUGGAGAAGGAAAUCGCAAAGCACAAUGAAGCUAUUACACAUUCCUAUCUAUGCCGUGAAAAGAAAAUGCUUUUCACCACUUCACUGGAUGGCUACAUGAAAAAGACGUCUUUGGAGAACUUUGGCUUGGAUAUACAGUCCGUAUAUAUGCAGGAGCCACUACAAUGCAUUGAGAGUCAAUGGGGAUCGGCAUUCGUCGGCAGCAGAUGGGGAAAUAUAUUCACCUACGACAUUAUGUCCAAUAACUUGAUCAAUUCCACGAUAUCAGCAUCAGAUGUAACAAUAACCGCCAUUAAGGCAACUAAGGAGGGACCACGACGAAUUCUCAUAGUUGCUUCGAAGUCCAAGGAAAUACAAAUCCGCGAUGCAUCCUCAGGACUAUUACUGCGUACAUUGACUCUGCCCGAACCAUUGAAGGCGUACAGUUUGCUAUUGGAUGACGGUUGCGUUUAUUGUAGCACGCAACGUCGUGAUAUACUCAAAAUUGAUUUUACGACGGGUCAGCAUUUAACACCAAUAUACUGUGGCAGUGGCGCUGUUACAAUGCGGCUAUAUCAAAGUCAAUUUCUGCUAGUCGGUUCAUAUGAUGGUUUUGUCUAUGUACUUGAUAAGAUAAAAGAACGCCAUUGUGGUCGUUAUGCGGGUUGUGCUGGGAAUAUCCUGAGCCUAACCGUGGCUAGCAAUAAGAUAAUCUUAACAUCCAAAGAUAGAACACUAAGAGUUAUUGAACUACCACAAAGUCUCUCAGCAAAACGGAAAUGAAUACAUUUUAGCUAUUUUUAUUAUCCAUAUAAUCAUAAAAGUUUCGCAUUUGUUAUAUUUUUGCCUAUUUUACAUUUGUAUAUGCAUUUAUUCACUCGAGUGCAAACUUUGAAAUUAAUGUAUUGUUUAAAAUAAAACUACUUUUAAUUAAGUGUUUACACAAAUUUAAGUUAACAUAGUUGAUGUAUAAUAAUUAAUUUUUAAAGCUUAUAUUUGUCAGCUUAAAUUAUUUGAAAAAAAUAUUUUCUAUGAAAUAUAAAACACUUCAUAUUCUAAUAUACGUGUAAUUCUUUCUUCAUUUAGUGAAAGAAAAGUUAUCAUACCCAAAAAUAAGACUUACUGUCUG